AUGUUGUCGCUCCUAACAUGCUGUUUCCCCUGGAAAACUGACGACAGAAAGAGAUGGAGACAGAUUGAAGAAUCAGCAUCCCGUGAACGCCUUCAGACACUCCCUUCAUGGACUGCUCCGGACAACACCCUCAUCUUCCAGGGGUUCGAAUGGCACGUCCCCGCCGAUGGCCAGCACUGGCGCAGGCUUUCGCGUGCACUGCCAGGGUUGAAGGCCAUCGGGAUUGACUCCGUUUGGCUUCCGCCGGGUUGCAAGGGCAUGGAUCCGAAUGGAAACGGGUAUGACAUCUAUGACCUCUAUGAUCUGGGCGAAUUUGAGCAGAAGGGAGCAAGGCGGACGAAAUGGGGCAGUAGGGAGGAUUUGGAGGAAUUAACACGAACGGCAAAGGAGUUCGGCUUAGGACUUAUCUGGGAUGCUGUGCUUAAUCAUAAGGCGGGCGCGGAUUAUCCGGAGAUGUGUCGGGCUGUUAAAGUUGAUCCAGAGCGACGGACAGUGGCCAUCUCUAAGCCCUCGUCGAUAUCUGCCUGGACUGGCUUCGAGUUUGCGGUACGUGGAGAUACAUACAGCAGCAUGAAGUAUCAUAGUCAGCACUUCUCCGGUGUUGACUGGGACGACAACAGCAAGCAAGGCGGCAUAUACCUUAUCCUUGGAGAAGUGGGAAAUCAGGAUAAGAAAUGGGCGCACGACGUCUCAACGGAAAAGGGGAACUACGAUUAUCUAAUGUUUGCCGAUCUGGACCUGUCUCAUCCCGAGGUGCGCGCUGAUAUGUUCAACUGGAGUUGUUGGAUCACGGAGCAGUUGUCUCUGGACGGGAUGCGACUAGAUGCCGCAAAGCACAUGUCGACUGGCUUUCAACGAGCAUUUGUUGAGCAUAUUCAGAAGAAGGUUCCGGGGUUCUAUAUUAUAGGGGAGUACUGGACUGCCAAUAUACGGGAGCUGGUCUCCUAUCUGGACAUUAUGCAGUAUACGGUCUUGGCGUAUGAUGUUCCUCUCGUGGAGAAGUUUUCCAAGCUCUCACGGACGAGGGGUGCUGAUCUGAGGCGGAUAUUUGACGGAACCUUGGUACAAUGCAAGCCAGAGCAUGCGGUGCAAUCAGGACAAAUGAUGGACACCCCCGUCUCCCCUUCAUUCAAACUCCUCGCCUACGCCCUCAUCCUACUUCGUAAAGAAGGCCGCCCCUGCCUCUUCUAUGGCGACCUUUACGGCAUCCGCGCCAACGUUAAGCAUCCGAAUAUCCCAUCCUGUAACGGCAAACUCCCAAUCCUUACGCAAGCCCGCAAGCAUUUCGCCUACGGUGAACAACAAGAUUACUUUGAUGCUCCGAAUUGUUUAGGAUUCAUCCGCUAUGGAAACGCCCGUCAUCCUUCCGGCCUUGCCUGCGUCAUGAGCAAUGACGGUCCUGCUUCGAAGCGCAUGUACGUCGGUCCCGGACGGGCAGGCGAGGAGUGGACAGAUUUGUUGCGCCCACAGGCACCACCAGUCAUUAUUGACCAUUGUGGGCAUGGGUUGUUCCCUGUUGAGGACUUGAGCGUCAGUGUUUGGGUUCCUGCUCAGGCUGUUACUGAACUUGAAGGCGAAAAGAUUCACAGUGAUUUACCAGUUCAUCCACUGCCAAUUGCAAACUCAAUGGUCGGUGGGAACCAUGGUACCUGCCUUUGUCCCAUUUUAGCUGGGUCAGCUCUAGACAGCUGGCUUGCCGGCAUCCCUGACAGGUUAUUGCCGAGUCAUUAA